UUACCACACCAAACUGGUCUUUCCUGUAAAAUUCUUCAAUGGUCCUCUCUUUUUCCUAUAUAACAAAAUAUAAAGCCACGUAUAUAGCAUAUCAACUCUUUAUAACAAAACUUCUCCGUAGCUAUUUAGUCCCAUCCAUGAUCCCUGCUCCCUCGUGCUUUAUAUUGGACUGCCUUAAGUGCCUAAUUAUGUGAUGGUCUCUCUUCCUUCCAUUCCUUUUCAUAUUCUGUAAUAUUUUCCAGGACUAACAAUGCUCCCAGCCCCUCUUGCUCCAGCUUGUUGAUUUCGCAAAUUUAGAGUUGGUUCAAACACAGCCUUCUUUGUGAAACUUCUUGUGUGUUGUCAGUCCUGGGAAGUUUUAUACAGUGUUGUGAAAUUUGGAGUCAGAAGGGUGUUGGGUUCAAAUAUCACUCAAUCACUGUGGUGUCUAGGACAAUUCUAGGUACUCACAAAUUUUUAGUUCUAAGGAGCCCUUCCUAUGUUUCCAUUGUACUUUGUACAUAACUCCAAGGAUAGUCAUUGCUUUUAGUUUAUAUAACUCUUCACUAAGUCAUAAGCUCCUAGAGUAGUUGCUCUAGCACACAAAAGAAUCAUCUGGAGAUACUUUUAAAAUACAGAUUCCUAGGCUCACCCCUAGAGAUGCAGUGUAUCUAGGGCAAGACCUAUGAAUUUGUAUUUUUUUCCAGAUGAUUAUAAUGCUUCUGAUUCAGUGACCACACUUUGAGUAGUACUGUCCUAAAUGGAUAUGAACCAAGUCUUUUUCCCGUUGUUACUGUCAUAAUAAGUGCUCAAAAAAAAAUAUCUGUUGAAGAAUUGAUGAGGGAAAGGAUAAAAGCCAGUUGGCAAAAAUCUGUAAAUAAGGUUAGCUCAAAAUACUGAUUUCUAAUUGACUUCAUAUCAAAUGUUUGAAUGAAAAAUUGGUUUUUGUAGGAUAUAAACUUUUUAAAGAAUACAGAUAUAUAGGGGUAGCCCUGGUGGCGCAGCAGUUUAAUGCCGCCUGCAGCCCGGGGUGUGAUCCUGGAGUCCCAGGAUCGAGUCCCACAUCGGGCUUCCUGCAUGGAGCCUGCUUCUCCCUCUGCCUGUGUCUCUGCCUCUCUCUCACUCUCUCUGAAUGAAUAAAUAAAUAAAUCUUUAAAAAAAAAAGAAUACAGAUAUAUAAAUAAGGUUAAUAAUUGCUUUUGUUAGCGACCCAUACUUUUUUUUUGAAGAGUCUAUCUAAGACCUUGUGCAGAAAGUGCUACACUUCCUCUUUUGUUGUCCCAUGUCAAACUGUAGACUUAGGAAUAGGCAAGGGGGCAGAUGAGAACAUAAGAAGCAGUAAGGAAGAGGAGAAGCAGGCAUUAAAGAUGGCAAAUUCUAAUGAAAGACAUAUUAUAUUGAGUACAUAGAAAUUUUAUUCCUGAAUGUGUAGGUUAGUAUACACUGAUUUCCACUUUCUUUUGAUUCUACAAUAUAGGGAGUGAUGAGAUGCCACAAAUUGUAUGGUGAUAAAUAAAUCGCAUGGAACAACAUGACUGGUUGCAUCCAGGCCUCUUUUUCAUGUCACCCCUCUAAACACAUUAUUGGCUUCAGUCACAAUUACAUUGCACUUGUAAUUCACAAAAUAAUUUUACCUAUGUCAUAUCAGGAUGCCUUUAACUGCCAGUAACAAUAUCCAAAAUAUGAAAUGUUUUGGCUCACCUCAAAUCUAAAAGGAUAUUAAGUUUUAGAUUUGCCUGAAUCCUAUUCACGCAGACCCUAUUUCCCUGCAUUCUCGUGGCUCUGCCAACUAGCAUCCUCCAUAUGUUUACUUUAUCCUCAGCUUGCUAACAAGUUCUGGAUUUCAUAUGCAUACACUGUGACAUCCAGAAGAAGAGAUGCUCUCAGGAACCAUCAGCAAAUCUUGUGUCUCUUUUAAUGGAGUUAAGUCAUAAGCUGGUCCUUUCCAGUCUUUAUCAGAGAAGGUAGAGUUGUCCUUAGAUAAAACCAGCCUGCUCCUGGACUCAGCUACCUGGAAGCACAUGGGUGUGUGUGGAGGCGGGGAUUCUGGAACCUAAUCCAGGUUCCAGGAUGGAAAGAGUGGAGAAUGGAUGUUGGGUAGGCAGCCAAAAACAUCCAUUAUAUACAGUAUUCCAGUCUUUCUUAACAAUCACAGGGGUAAGUGGGGCAGGUUUCUUCAUUGUACAGAUGAGAACGCAAGACUCAGAUGGUCUUGAACCUUCUUAGUUCACAUCUCCCUUUGUGUCUGAGUAAUUUUUUCAUGGUUCUGAUAGGCCAAAAGAAAUACCUAACCAUUCUAUCUAAAUUAUUAGGUCCCAACAACUUAAGUAUUCACACCUUAACAACUAAUUAGCUGUUUGAAAAACCAUAAUACACAUAAAUUGAGAGAAUUAUUUUUAUUUCAUUUUUGACACACUUAUGGGUCAUACAUGUGUUAAACACUGUAACUUCUCAUUCCUUAGGAUUGGACACCACUAUCAUUUUCUGUUCCACAUUUAUAUUCAUAUAAUAUUUGCUUCAUUGAAAGGAUUAUAGUACAAUCUUUUUUAAGAUUUUUCUUAUUUUUCUAUUUUAUUUAAUUUUUUUUAAAGAUUUAUUUAUUUAUUUAUGAUAGAGAAAGAGAGAGAGGCAGAGAUACAGGAGGAGGGAGAAGCAGGCUCCAUGCCGGGAGCCCGACGUGGGACUCGAUCCCUGGACUCCAGGAUCGCGCCCUGAGCCAAAGGCAGGCGCCAAACCGCUGAGCCACCCAGGGAUCCCAAGAUUUUUCUUUCUAAAGAUUUUAUUUAUUUAUUCAUGAGAGACACACACAGAGGGGCAGGCUCCAUCCAGGGAGCCCAAUGUGGAACUUGAUCCCAGGACCCCAGGAUCACGCACUGAGCUGAAGGCAGAAGCUCAACUGCUAAGCCACCCAGGGGUCCCUUAUGAUUUUAUUUAUUUAUUCAUGAGAGACACAGUGAGAGAGAGGCAGAGGGAGAAGCAGGCUCCAUGCAGGGAGCCCUAUGUGGGCCUCAAUCCCGGGACUCCAGGAUCAUGCCCUGAACCGAAGGCAUUCAACUGCUGAGCCACCUGGAUUAUAGUGCAAUCUUAUGUUCAAAGUGCCAUCUACUUCACUGAUACUUCAUGUGGUGUCUGUUUAACAGAUGCUGGUUUUCACUCUGUUUACUAUCUUCAAAAUUUUAAAUCUCCUGAGGCAUCCCUUUGUGUUCAGUGUGGUAUCCUGGGGCAUUUUGGCACACAGUUUGGGAACCAUCAGUUUAAGUGAUUUGCCUAGGAAGAUACUAGUAAGAAGAGGCAGAACAAGAAUUUAAAUUUCAAUAUUCCCACUCUGAGUCUUGCUCCUAAACCAUUUUAAGGGCCCGUCCCAUAAAAUUGUGUUCCUCUUGCUCCAGAGACUUUUCACUUGAACUCCUCAAGGUCCAGCAAAGAAAAUAUGACCCACCCAGAGUCUUUAAAACAGAGAUUUAUUCUUACACCAUAAACAAAAAUAAUCUCAAAAUGGUUUAAAGACCUACAUGUGAAACCUGAAACCAUAAAAUUGCUAGAAGAAAACAUAGGUAGUAAUUUCUUUGACAUCAGCUGUAGAAACAUUUUUCUACAUAUGUAUCCUCUGGCCCGGAAAACAAAAGCAAAAUUAAACUGUUGGAACUACACCAAAAUAAAAAGCUUUUCAACAGCAAAGGAAACCAUUAACAGAACAAAAGGUCAACCAAUUGAAUGGCAGAAGAUAUUUGCAAAUGAUACGUCUAGAUAAGGGGUUACUAUCCAAAAUAUGUAAAGAAUUUAUACAACUCAACACCAAAAGAACAAAUAAUCCAAUUAAAAAUGGGCAGAGGACCUGAAUAGACAUUUUUCCAAAGAAGACACACAGAUGGCUAACAGACACAUGAAAAGGUCCUCAACAUCAGUAACAUGAGGAAAAUACAAUUUAAAGCCACAAUAAGAAUCACAGUUGCUGUCAGAAUGACUAAAAUAAAAAAAUGCAAGAAGUAACAAGUAUUGGAGAGGUUGUGAAGAAAUAGGAACCCGCAUGCACCACUGGUGGGAAUGAAUGCACACUGGUGCAGCCACUGAGGGAAACAUAUGGAGGUUCCUCAAAAAUUAAAAAUAAAAUUACCUUAUGAUCCAGUAAUUCUACUACUGGGCAUUUACCCAAAGAAAAACACUAAUUUAAAAAGAUACGCAUCCCUGUGUUUAUUGCAGCAAAAUUUAUAAUAACCAAGGUAUGGUAGCAACCCCAGUGUCCACUGAUAAUGGAUAAAGAAGAUGUGCUAUGUGUAUACACAAUGGACUAUUACUCAUAGAAAAGAUGAACUUUUGUCAGUUGUGACCAUGUGAAUGGACCUCAAGUGUAUAAUGCAAAUUGAAAAAGUCGGAGAAAGACAAAUGCCGUGAUUUUACUCAUGUGGAAUUUAAGAAACAACAAAGAGAAAAGACAAAAAAUACAGAGAUCAAACCAGUGGUUGCCUGAGGGGAGGCAGGUGGGGGGAUGGGUGAAAUAUCAAUCAAUCAGGAAAUGUAAUAUAGAGAAUUUUACCGGUGACAAAAGAGCUGAGAAGACCAGGGGACGUUGAGGCAGGCAAUCCAGAUAUGAGCUACAACAGGGAAGCCAGGACCACUUCUGUGGCUGCAGGCAUGAUGGGAAAAGCAGUGUAAGGAGAACCUGGAAGUUAAGGUUGCCUGGUGGAAGCCGGACCCACUGUGGAGAAGCAGCCACUGACAGCUCAGGAAGGAGAAAGCAAGGGAAAUAACAUGAUUUCCCUCCUGGCCCCAGUCUUCCCACCAAUGCCAUCCAUUGGCCCAACCUACCUAGAAGCUAGAGAGCAAGGAACCCUGGGAAAUGUAGUCUCUUAUGAUAUGUGAGGAGGGGCGAGGAAUGGACCUGAACAAACAGGCAGUUUAGGGAUACUACAAAAUGCAGUGAAUGCGCUUUAUUUACUCAGUAACUCCUGUAGCAAAUAUUUUUGAGGACGUACUAGGUGUCAGGUGUCAUGUUAGAUGCUGGGGAUACCAAAAUGACUGAAAUGAACCUGAUCACUGCUCGUAAAGGGAUCAGACUAACAGGAGAAAUAGAAUAAACUCAGAACUAUCUAAUUAUAAAGUGUGUUAAGUGCAAUGAAGGGACAUAUCACAGUGCUAUGAGACAGCUAUAGAUUGGAGAGAGGAUGCAACUUCCCGUGGUUUUAGGUCUAGCUAAUGGACUCUUGAGGUGUGUGCGUAUAGAAACUUGGGUUCAGGAAGACACAGAAUAUUUAUAUCUAGAAAAAGUUCGGAAGAAGAUAUUGAGGCAUUCAUAUUUUGACUGGACACCUGCAUCAUACAGCUCUAUCAUCUCAAAGCUGUGUGUGUGAGAUCGUGUGUAACAGGGUGUGUAUAUGUGUGUGCACGACACAGAGAGGGAGAAAGAACAGUACAAAGGGAGAUUCCUUUAGACAAACAUUCUAAGGAGCCAGAGGGCUCACAGCCACUAAUCUCCCUCAUGCUUUCCUGACUCCACCCCCUUCCCUCUCAUCAUAACUUGUGAUCUUAGAGGCAUGAAAGAAUUUGAGCCCCUCCCCCAGCUUGACCAUCUCUGUUGGCUGCUCAGCCGGGCUCCAUGUCAAAUCCAGCUUGGAGCAGAAACCUGAGGUCCACUCAGAAGGUGGUGGGCUUGCAGGCAAGGUUCCUCACCCUGUGGCCAUGGGCGGCAACACUGGGCAGCUUGGCAUUGAUACCUGUAAGUCCCUAGCUGAGGAUGACCCCUUUGAUCCUGUGGAGCCUCCCAAAAGACCCACGAGCAAUCUCAUCAUGCACAGCAUGGCCAUGCUUGGCCGGGAGUUCUGCUACGCGGUGGAGGCAGCCUACGUGACCCCAGUCCUGCUCAGCGUGGGGCUGCCCAAGAGUCUGUACAGCACUGUGUGGCUCCUCAGCCCCAUCCUGGGAUUCCUGCUGCAACCCGUGGGGGGAUCAGCCAGCGACAACUGCCAGGCCAGGUGGGGCCGGCGGAGACCCUACAUCCUCACCCUGGGCAUCAUGAUGCUUCUGGGCAUGGCUCUGUACCUCAACGGGGAUGCUGUUGUAUCAGCCUUGAUUGCUGAUCCAAGAAGGAAGCGGAUUUGGGCCAUAACCAUCACAAUGAUAGGUGUAGUUUUCUUUGAUUUUGCUGCUGACUUCAUUGAUGGGCCCAUUAAAGCCUACUUAUUUGAUGUCUGCUCUUAUGAGGAUAAGGAGAGGGGCCUCCACUACCAUGCCUUCUUCACAGGUUUUGGAGGCGCCCUGGGUUACCUUUUGGGUGCCAUCGACUGGGCCCAUCUGGAGAUAGGAAGAGUAUUGGGUUCAGAAUUCCAGGUCAUGUUCUUCUUCUCCGCUUUAGUGCUUACUUUGUGUUUUAUUAUUCAUCUCUGCAGUAUCCCUGAAGCCCCACUUAGAGAUGUUACAAAGGACAUUCCCCCACAGCAAGCUCCCCAGGAUUUUCUAUUGUCAUCAGACAAAAUGUACCAGUAUGGGUCUAUUGAGAAAGCUAAGAACGGUUAUGUAAACCCAGAGCUGGCAUUGCAGGGAGAAAAAACCCCAAAUCCUUCUAAACAGAUUAGUAAGACAAUGACCAUGACAUCACUGCUGAGGGUGCUGAUGAAUAUGCCUUCCCAUUACCUCUGCCUUUGCAUCAGCCACUUCAUUGGAUGGACUGCUUUCCUGUCUAACAUGCUCUUCUUCACAGAUUUCAUGGGCCAGAUUGUAUACCACGGGGAUCCCUACAGUGCACACAACUCCACAGAGUUUCUCAUCUACGAAAGAGGGGUCGAGGUUGGAUGUUGGGGCUUGUGCAUCAAUUCCGUGUUUUCCUCACUUUAUUCUUACUUUCAGAAACCUUUGGUAUCCUACAUCGGAUUAAAGGGUCUUUACUUCACAGGGUAUUUGCUCUUUGGCCUGGGAACAGGAUUUAUUGGGCUCUUCCCGAAUGUCUACUCCACCCUGGCUCUGUGUACCAUGUUUGGUGUGAUGUCCAGCACUCUGUACACUGUGCCCUUUAACCUCAUUGCCAAGUACCACCGCGAGGAGCAGGAGAAGAGACAGCAGGCCCGAGGAGGGAGCCUGGACAGCGGUGAGAGAGGGCAGGGCCUGGACUGCGCAGUCCUCACCUGCAUGGUGCAGCUGGCUCAGAUCCUGGUUGGAGGUGGCCUGGGCUUUCUGGUCAACAAGGCCGGGAGCGUCAUCGUGGUCAUCACGGCCUCUGCGCUGGCGCUGAUCGGCUGCUGUUUUGUGGCUCUCUUUGUUAGAUAUGUGGAUUAGGUCAAUAAAGAGACACUGUCCCUACUCUCAGACACAGGGAAGUACAUGGCAGGA